AUUUCGGAAAUCGAGGUCUCCGCGUAUGAGGCAGGCCAUAAAGUGGAUACUACUGUGGAGUUUGAUUUGAGCAAUCUAGCAGGGAAAUCAGUCGUGAUCACGGGCGGCAUGCUACACUUCCUCUUUAAGGUUUGGGUAAAGCCUACGCCAAAGCCUUCGCUAGUGCAGGCGNCUUUUGUUACGCUCGGUGACAUCGAUAUCGAAGCUGCCGAUGCGCUCGUUGCUGAACUUGACGGAGAGGCUAUUGCCGUCCAAUGCGACGUUCGAGAAUGGACGGAGCAGCUAGAUCUAUUCGAGAACGCAAUCACGUCUUCUCCAAGUAGAUCAAUCGAUAUCGUGAUUGCCAACGCAGGGCUUGGCGGAGCUGGUGAUCCGAUGAUGGUAGAAGACGAUCAGAUACCCUCGGAACCGCAUUUGACUACCACCGACGUAAACCUCAAGGGCCUUCUAUACACCACAAAACUUGCGACCCACUACUUCAGACGUUUCCAAAAGCGUGAUGGCGUCAAAGACCGCUGUCUUAUCUUGAAAAGCAGUAUGGCAGGUUUCAUCGACUGGCCGAAAGCAAUCCAAUACCCGGCUUCCAAGGCCGCCGUCCGCAUGAUCAUGAAGUGUAUGCGUAGGACAGUCUGGAAAGAUGGUAUCCGCANNUUCGUGGACACCGGCAUUAUCCCAGAGCCCUUCAAAUCCAAGUUGAUUGCAGCAGGAAUGCAAUUUGCAAGUAUCGACGACUCGGUGAAAGCUGUACUCAGGAUCUCUAGCGACCCCACAAUCCAUGGUCAGUUUCGCAAACUGGGUUUAUCUGAUGUCACUAACGUUAGUUGGCUCANNGGUCGAUCGCUUGCAGUCAUUCCUCGAGCUUUGGUGCCGGAAGGUUUCAUGGACUUGGACUCUGAUGAUUUGGCGCCCAAUGAGACGUUAUAUGCUUUUGAGCAGAUGGCUUUGAACAUGAAAGUU